GGGGACGGGGAGGAAGGGGCUUCCAAGUUCUUGCUUUGUUUUUUUCUCAAUUUCCCUUUCUCUCGAAUCGGACUUGCAUCUGCCGCCUUUGAUUGCCCGUUUUGUGUCUUUCUUUUUGUCCUCGGAUUCUUGUCCCUCUUUCCCCCCAAACUUUGGCAUCAUACAUCUUUCAUGGCGUAGAGAAAGAGAGAGCUUUUCCUGCCUAUCAGAAUUAAUACUGGAAACUACUUUGCCCAACCUCUUACCUCGAACCAUACUUGAUUUCCACGGGAUAUAAAUCUCUUCUUUUUCUUUUUUUUAUAUCUUAUUCAAAAGCUAAUAAAGGCCAAACAUUCGCACAAACUUCCUACCACUUGUCCAUCCAUACAAGUGGGGGGGAAAAAACGAUAUCAACGGCAACUCGAGAACUGCCACCACAUCGGGCUUUUGGCUGCCGCGGCGGCGCGACCAACAAUCACGCAAUGUCGCAAUCACUCGCAGAGAUAUUCAUGGAGCUGGGCAUCUCCCAGUACCUGGAUGCUUUUGUCGACCAGGGUUUCGACACUUGGGACACCAUAUUGGAUAUCACCGAAUCUGACCUUGAUGCAUUGAAUGUCAAGCUCGGUCACAGAAGGAAGCUUCAACGGCGCAUAGCAAAUUCGCGAGGAUUUGCGCCAGACGCAGCGCUCGCCUCUCCGACGGGCACUUCGAGCCAGCGCAACAGCGGUCUGGAUGAUGGACAGAGGACCGAUAUUCAGAGGACAGAAGUUCCCAAACCCGAGACGUCCAUAACCACUGUUGUCACCAAGCGCAAGUACAGGCGUCAUCCCAAGCCUGACGAGAACGCACCAGAGCGCCCCCCUUCGGCUUAUGUUUUGUUUUCAAACAAAACGCGAGACGACCUCAAAGACCGCAACCUCACCUUUACCGAGAUCGCCAAACUUGUCGGCGAGAAUUGGCAAGCCCUCACCCCGGCAGAGAAGGAGCCGUAUGAGACACAAGCUCAGACAGCAAAGGAGAAGUACAAUGCGGACCUGGCAGAGUACAAGCAGACAACCAAGUAUAAGGAGUACCUCGCUUAUCUUCAGGACUUCAAGGCUAAGCAUGCCACCCCAUCCUCCACCGACGGCAAGGACUGUCAGAAGCGCAUAAAGCUCUCUGAUGCCAGCGUCCCUUUGGGGGCGCCACGCAGGGCGCGUAGCCACACCUCGACCGGCUUGGGGAGCGGAAGUCGGAGCGCAAGCAGAAAUGGCAGCCGAAGCAACAGCCGCAGCGAUGGGCGUAAAGGGAGCGAGCCUCCUCCAACCCACCGUGAGCACCGCGUCAACUCGGUGUCGAGCAUUGCCGGAGAUUACACCACCUCGUCUAACAACAGCUAUAUGGAGAGAUCAUCGGUUGAGCGCUCACCGUCGCUCAGCGCCAGCCCACGCGACCCUCCCCUGAAUGCAGCUCCCGUCCCUGCGUGGCUCGACGGACAUGGUGGCCACCAGCACCAACAGCACCAGCAUGGCCGCCAUACGCUACCUUCUCUAUCCAACAUACUCGAGGGCCAGGUGGUCGAGUCUUGUGAAUCCCGGGGUGGUGGCGGCGCCGGCUACACUCCCUUCUCCUUUCAGCAUGUUGCCAACAUCGGCCCUCCCGGGUCUCCGCCAGGUCUCAUUGGCGGCGAUUCCUCCUACCCAUUGCCCAUGAGGAAAGAACUCUCUUCCGGCGCGAGCACCACAUCGGCCUCAUCGGUUGGCGGGUAUCCUCACACACCAGUCGAAGGCUCACUGCCGAUACAUCUUCUCCUUGUCUCGGGAAACGGGAAGCACGACCAGGACCGCCAGCGACUAAAACGUUCCCUAUCGCCAGAGGGUCGUCCAAGUCUUCCGAAUCUUUUGCCGGAACGUCAUCCAUCUAGCGAUCCUCCUUCGACGCUGUCCAUCUCGCCCCCGCUAAGCAGUGCACAAGGCUACUUUCCUCCAAUGUCAGCUCCACCCACCAUGAGCAGUCAUGCACCAAGCAGGGGACCGACUUUGCCUGGCCUCGCAAAGUUUGACGGUAUGUCAGCUUUGUUGCAAGCAGGAGAGAUUGUAGGGAGACAGGUCAGGUAAUCGUUCUGCCAUGAAGAGUUUUUGUUUUGAUGAUCCGACGUUUAUUUGCAUUGCACUGUGGAGUUUUAUACGGGCUGGCUUUUAUUUCAUUCAAGAUACCUGGCACUUUUAUUUUGCCGUCUACAUACACUUUACCUCUACAGAGGUAUACAGUUUAUUAUUUUCAAGUCAUAUUUGUAAUCCCGUUGUCACGCACCAAAUUCUUGGUUAAGGCGAUGAUGUCAGAAUACCUUUUAUUGCUACGCUCGUGAUGAUAAAAUACUUGCUUUAAUUUACUCGCCGCUUCCACAUGCAAGCGUAUGUUUUGACUCUAUAGGUUGCGGAAUCAUACAUUUUGG